GUGAUGUCAUCUGAAGGGGAGUCUGGGACGGGUCUGUCUGUCCAUUGGACGACUGGCCGGACACAGACUGUUACAGACGGAUAACGUUAAUUGAAUCCCCGCUCUUUUAACCGGACUUUAAUUUAAAUGAACCGUGACUCCUGAAAUGGACACAGUCCCCGUAUUGGUGGGCUGUGUUUGGGGCAGCAGAAGUUCAAACCUUUUAGUAAAUUAACCAUGGAAACUAAAAGGAAGCAGCGACAACAGGACAAAAGUCAUUUGACAACCCGCCAGCAGAUAACGGAAGAAUGGACGAUGUGAAAACUGGCCCAAACCGGGACUGAACCUCCUGCCCGGGUCUGCCCCGGCUUCAUGUCACCCUCCUCUCCGUACCAGAUGCCUCUGCGGGGCGACGGAGGCUACAAGCCGGCACCGGUGUCCCCUGCUCCGCCUGUCCCACCGAGGAGGGUCCGGAGCCGGGACAGGGGCUCCGGCAGGACGCGGCGGUCCGGGGCAGGGGCAGCGGGUGUCGGAGAAGCGGAGAGGCGGGUGAAGUGUGUGCUGGUGGGGGACGGAGCUGUGGGGAAAACCAGCCUGGUGGUCAGCUACACCACCAACGGGUACCCCACCGAGUACGUGCCCACCGCGUUUGACAACUUCUCAGCGGUGGUAUCAGUGGACGGGCAGCCAGUCAAACUACAACUCUGUGACACAGCCGGACAGGAUGAGUUUGACAAGCUGCGACCUCUGUGUUACACCAGUGCAGAUGUGUUCCUGCUGUGCUUCAGUGUCGUCAGUCCCGCCUCCUUCCAGAACGUUCCUGAGAAGUGGGUUCCAGAGAUUCGGAGACACGCCCCCUUCGCUCCGCUUGUCCUGGUUGGGACGCAGUGUGACCUCCGAGAAGAUGUCAAGGUUCUCAUUGACCUGGCGAAGUACCGGGAGCGACCUGUGGACCCAGCAGAUGCCCGGGACUGUGCGGUGGAGAUUGGAGCUGUGGCCUACAUGGAGUGCUCUUCACUGACCCAAAAGAAUUUGAAAGAAGUGUUUGACACAGCCAUACUGGCUAGCCUGCAGAGCUGCAGCUCUCAUAAGCACCCAAGAGGGAAACAGAAACGCAGAAAAAAGCAAAGGCAGACGCCGGACAAGAUGAAGAGUCUGUCCAAGUCAUGGUGGAAAAGGUACUGUUGUGUGGGCUAGAGCAGACCCUGCGAUCAGUUUGCGUCUAAGACUCUGAUCCUCUGUUGACUUUAUCCUGGUCUGGAUUCAGCUGGGUUUGGGUUCUGCCUGGACUCGCUUUCUGUUUGGGUUUCUCUCUAAUGGAGCCCGAUGUUGAGCAGGACCUCGACGCGACUGUGGCUGGGAACCAAAGUAAGACUGUCACAGAUCUAAAGUGCUUUACGUUUUGUUUUUGUUUGGAGAGGAGUUUUAGUCUUAUAGUGGAUUAUAUUUACUACUGAGCCCAGCCUGGUUCUAGAAGAACCUGCUCUGAAAAUACAGAAGUACUGCCGUGGCCUUUUUCUAACCUUGUUAGACUCUUAACCUGCUUCCAGUAUGAGCCCUCUGCAGGACAAGUUUCUCCCUGUCCCCCAUGGAAACUGAUAUCAACCAGAACUUUUCUGGGACUAGCAGAAGACUCUCUCCAUGCAUGGUGCAUUGUUUAUGAUCAGACCAGUCCAGAAACCUUUUCUCUUUGUCUUUGAUUAGAAACUUAACGUCCUUAUUUAUAUAUGAAAAAUGUAUCCAUUUAGUAUUUUCUGACCCAGAUAUGAUCACUGGACACAAGUUAAGUCAGAACUUUGUCAACAAAUCCAGCCCCAUGGUUAACUUUAGAGCUUGUUUUAGAGCCUGGUUACAUGCACAGUUUACUGUGGUGCAGCCUAUAAGCCUAAUCUGAAACCUGGAUCUUGGUUUACCUUAUAUUCUAGUCUCAGUCUGAACUAUUUGUGGAAUUAGGUCUGGUUUUUAGUGAGGUUUUCUUCAUGUCCUGCCACUGUAUGGCCCAGAAUGAAGCCAGCCAGUCAACAAGUUUGGUGUUGAUCACAUCAACAACAACAGAACUAAUGCUUGUGUCCUUCUUCCAUCCAAUCCAUUCUUGCCUUAUUAAAAAAAUAACACCGUCAUAUUUUUCACAUGCUAAAUAUAUUUAAAAAGAGUAAUGAUAGCUACCACAUAUCUCAGUACUAGCAAAAGAUGCUGAACAAUGAUACGAGACUGUCUGAACAUCCAGAUGAUAAAACACACAAAGCAUUGUUCUGCACAACACUGUAUGUGGAAGUCAGGUUUCCACUGGUGGGCUCAUCUCUUCCACAUUAGUACUGAAGGACUCUAUAGUCUCUGUACCAUGGUGGUGCACUGCAGACAGGCACUUGACCUUAAUCGGGCAGGAGGACAUUUUGUAAUUUUAGUAUUUUCACAUUGUUCAACAAGCGAUAACUUUAGCUGUUAAGUGACUUCUGUAGAGGCCUUUUUCACAUGCAAAUAAAGAAUUCAGUCUAAAACUGGAUUUGAAAUGUUCAUCCGAUCAACCAGUAACCUGCGUCUAUAAGCACAAGUUGCAAGGCAGGCAAAUACAAUAUUGGUUUCAGAUAUUUGUAUCUUUCCAGACACUUGAACAGCCUUAAGUGUGAGCACUUAACAGAAAUAGAUCAACCAAGUGGUCUUUGCAUGUGUUUAAAUCUACAAAAUGGUCUCAGAGCCAACUGAAAAAAACACAGAGAUGGAUUUAUUCCUUCCAAUGCAAGUGUGUAUCUAAGACUGUGAAAUUUGAAUUAUGUACAUAUUCAGUGAAAUCUUUUCUUAGUAGUUAUGAACUAUAGUUUGAUUCAUCAUGUUUUUUGCUCUGCAUUUGCUCCCUUUAUCCAAGAUACAAUCUCCUGCUUUCUUUAUUACAGUGCUAACCAUUGAUCAUUUCUGCCUCUGCAGCCUAUUCUCUCUCCAAUAGAAUACGUUUUGUAUGUUGUAAAGCAGAAAUAAAAACUAAAACACAAACUGUGUGGCCGUCAAACACUCGACUGCCACACCUCCCUUUGUACAUUGUAGUUACUUAAACAAGAGCAAAAAUUUACAGCUAUUUCUCUGCAGUGCCUGCAGCUGAAUGGCUCUUUGUAUUAGAGUCACUGCAGCAGAAUGGAAAAAGGGUGCAACCAGUGUGCAGUCUGUAAUGGAUUCAAAGCAGAUCUCCCAUUAUUUAGUGUGUAUGCAACAUAAAUAUUCUUAUUGAUCAGACAUCAACACAAAAAAAUGGAUUUUAACUCUGGGCCAAUCUAAAAUAUGAUCUAAACCCCUGUUAGGGCCACGUUAAACCUUUGUCUGACUAGUAACCCAAAGGUUAUAAGACGAGGUUAAAACGUCAAGAUUCAUACCUUCACAGUGUUUACUGUUUAACCGUAACUUUAACCAUCUCACAACAGCAUUUCAUUUGAUAACUGAUAUUGUGCUGCCUUUGUCACAAGUAAUCCACACCAGUUAACUUAACCUCCUGAAAAGGUCAACAAUAGUCAACAAUAAUAGAUAUCUAACUCAAUGAGUGUGAACUAGCUCUUAGCUCACAGCUAAGGAAGCUGUGAAACCUAAACUGGCCUGCUGAUUUUUCUACAAUCUGGCUUCAAGUUGUAUACAAAUACAUAUAUGUACAGUGUUGUUCUUGAAGAGGAAUCUGAGAGCUUAAUCUUAUGUUGACUUUAGGCCUGAAUGUAUAACUGUCUGGAUUUUCUGCCGAAGAUGUUACAACUGCAACUGAAUGGGUUCACUGUGUCGAUGUUUUACUCAGCAAAUGCAUUGUUUCUUGCUCUGGGAAAAGGCAUAAUAAGUUGCUUGUCUUGCUGUUUGUGUGCAGUCUUGGCUGAUGGUGGAUCUAAGUAGGGUAAAGGUCACACAGACCCUUAUGAUAGCUGGCAUUUCCUCUAUCAGGUCACGUACACUUAUGGAGAGCAUAGUAAGUUUCUCAUCACAGAGGGUCUGUUGUGAUUCAGGCCUGAACUUAUAAUGAGACAAAUAUCAAUCUGUUUUAAAUUAUUCCAGUUUGAAUACAUUAACAGCAUGAAUGACAUCUAUCAAUCAUGUAAGAAAAUAAUACCUGUUUCUGACCAGGAUAUGAAUUCAUGUUUGUUUUGGUUCUCACCUGGUAAAUUAACCUUAUGCUAUAAUCCUUUAAAGCGAGUCCACGUAACGUUUACUGAACAGUGUCCACUCAAGUGAUAAUGUUAUAUAAUGAAAUAUUUAAACAGUAAAUAAAAGUCAUAAAAUGCACUGACUCAGUAAUGUUGGUUAUAUAGCAAGUUAGAAAACAUAAGUAAAAGCCACUGGUCAUAUGGUCAUAGCAGACCGAGUAACGCAGUAGCAGUAAAACUUUCUUUUCUUUUUCUUUAUUUUUUGCUUAUGAAUUCAACUUUUUUUAUGUAAGACUAUUUCUUUUUUCAAAAGUAGUCUGCUUUACCUGCUUUACCAAGAGCUGGUUGAUCCACAGCAUUGUAUAUUUUGUAUAGCAGAUGAACGGCUUCGUAAUGUUGAACAGACAGGUCUCUGAAAGUGAACUAUUGUGUAUAAAGACAGGUAGAGAAGAGAUACGAUGGAGAGUAUUGUGCUGCAAAGUCAGUGUUUUAGGAAAGGUCACAGAAAAAUGUUGAAGACAGACAGAAAUGUUUGGGACAGGUGAAAAGUCUGGAUGUGUACUUAGAUACUGUGUGAGAAAAAAAAAAAAUACACAGUUGCUGCAAUGGUUGACUUUCAGUUGUUGUGAUAUUUGGUGCUGGAACGGGUUUUCAAACUGACAAAAGUGGAUUGAAUACAAGACAGUUGUACUUUCUUGGUACUGCUAAAUGAGUGACUCAGUAAACAAGUGUUGAGUGUUGAUAGAAAGUGAAUAUAUACAACAGCCAUCUAAACUAGUCUGAAUCUGGAAACAAAAUUAAAUGGUUUCUGUAUGUGAAUGGCCUCAGAUCACUGUAAGAAAAUCUGUUUUUAGACUUACUUGACACAGAAUAUCCACACAUCCCUAAUUGUUGAUUGCACAAGAAUAUCCCCUAAAGUUCAGUGAGUUUAAGCAAAAGCAGAUGGGCUGCAGUGGACAGAAUGGUUCAUUCUUGAGAUUUGACUUUUAUUAAGGCUGAUACCCCCUAAAGCACACCUGAGCUCACUCACAUGGGACACCAGCUGAGAAUUUCCCUUAGGAAAACCGACCCUCUCAGCCUGCGUGAAACAUCAGCGUGUUUUCAUUUUUCCUGCAUGUACAAACAUUGUAACAGAGAGUCUGCUGCAAUCUGCUCGCACUGAAUUCUCUGUUUAACUGAGGGACGUCCGUCACAGAAAGAUGUGUUUGUACAGAAGUUUUAUACCCUGAGAAAUAAAGAAUAUUUGGUAUAAUA